AUGCCACUACUCUAUGCUGAAGGUUCCAAGACCACUGAGCUGUCAGAUGCACGAUUACGUGAGAUUGUACACGAAACACUGCAAAACCUUGAGACCAAACGUAGUGCCAAGUUUGAGCGUGUGGUGAUUGUGCCUCCAGACUUUACACGCUUCCACUCCAAGGCUGGCGUCCUGUCACAGUAUGCAUACGAGUAUCUACAGGACAAGGUGACUGACGUGUUACCGGCACUGGGCACACAUGAUGCCAUGACGGACACUGAGAUUACUAAAAUGUUUGGCGAGAUACCCGAGGAAAUCUUUCGUGUGCAUGACUGGAGGAAUGAUGUCGUGACAGUUGGUCAAGUGCCGGCAGACCUUAUUUUGGAGGCUAGUGACGGCAAAGUAAACGAGCCAUGGCCGGCACAAAUUAACAAACUGCUAUGGGAAGGUGGUCAUGACUUAGUACUAUCUAUUGGUCAAGUUGUCCCGCACGAGGUCAUGGGAAUGGCAAAUUAUAACAAGAACAUUUUUGUUGGCACCGGAGGUAGUGAGGGCAUCAACUUUUCGCACUUCAUCGGGGCUGUGUAUGGCAUGGAGCGAAUGAUGGGGCGUGCUGACAACCCUCUGCGUCGUAUUCUCAACUAUGCCUCCACCCACUUCUUGCAAAAGUUGCCUCUCAUUUACAUUCAAACGGUGAUCGGACGAGGAGACAACGGAGACCUCGUGACGCGAGGCAUUUUCAUUGGAGAUGAUGAAGAGUGUUUCAUGAAGGCUGCCGAGCUGUCGCUCGAGGUAAACUUUGAGCUUCUGGAUGCGCCGAUUGACAAGGUCGUGGUAUACCUGGACCCGGAGGAGUUUAAGUCCACGUGGCUCGGUAACAAGUCCAUCUAUCGUACACGCAUGGUUAUUGCAGACGACGGCGAACUUGUCGUGCUUGCUCCGGGCGUAGCUCGCUUUGGCGAGGACAAGCGUAUUGACGAGCUCAUUCGAAAAUAUGGCUAUCGCACGACUCCGGAAGUGCUAGCCCACCUCAAUGCUAACCGUGAUCUCAUGCAAAAUCUGAGUGCAGCAGCGCAUCUAAUUCACGGAUCAUCCGAAGGCCGCUUCCGCAUCACGUACUGCCCAGGGCAUCUCACGAAAGAGGAGGUCGAGGGUGUUGGCUUUGGCUACGGUGAUCUUAAAGAAAUGAGCAACAAAUACCCUAUCGACAAGCUCCAAGACGGAUGGAAUACAGACGCAAAUGGCGAACGAUUUUUCUACGUCUCCAACCCCGCGCUGGGCUUGUGGGCUUACCGUGGACGCUUUGAAGGCUCCUCUGCAUCUACAGUUACUCCAACUGCUUCAACUACUACAGCGACGAGUCUAUCGGCUUUUGCAGAUACGACCGAGGCGUGCCUUGAUGCUGGUGUAGGUGGUGGUCCUUUCAAACACACAUGA